AUGACAGGCGUGCCUGAUAGAGUUCCGAAGUCGGAAUCCAGCCCAGCGAUUUCUGGGUUAGCUGUUCAAAUGCCGGUGUCUUGCAGUAUACCUGAUAUCACUUCAACCCACCCAAUUCCCGGUUCCUCUCUGGAACAUCUCACCAGAGACAUGAAAAACCUGGUGAAAAAGAUUCAAGACCUCAGUCAUUUGGGUAUCGAAGACAGCAAGAUCAUGCUUCCGAAGAUAUGUGUCGUCGGUGACCAGAGCACCGGGAAAAGCUCCCUUAUCGAGGGUAUCUCCGAGAUCAAGGUACCUAGAUCCGAAGGAACAUGCACUCGAUGCCCAUUGGAGAUAAAUCUGUCAGAAAGCAAUGACUUCUGGAAAUGUGUGAUCCAUUUAUCACGCCGCUACAUCUUCGAUCCGUCGAAGCGCAUGAAGGUGCCCAAGAAAUCAGAGCCACUGGGGCCAUGGAUUGGCCUUGGCGGCCAGGAUGAUGAACAUUUUGUCACCUUGGACAAUAAACAGGAAGUGAAAAAAGCUAUCUUCUGUGCCCAGUUGGCGAUCUUAAACCCAAGCACAGAUCCGCAGGACUUCGCGCCCGGAACUAUGGCCGACAUGCCACCUCCUCAGGUCAAGUUUUCUCCGAACGCCGUGCGUUUGGAUAUCUCUGGCCCGGGUCUUCCCAAUUUAUCCUUCUACGAUCUGCCUGGAGUGAUUAGCCAGACGGAGCAGGACAAUGAAAAAUACCUGGUGAAUUUAGUUGAAAACCUGGUCAAGGACUAUGUUUCUCAGGAGCAUUGCAUUGUACUCCUCACACUACCCAUGACGGAUGAUGCAACGAAUUCAAGUGCUGCUCGCCUCGUCCGGGACAUCAAAGGCGCAAAGGAACGUACCCUUGGGGUGUUGACCAAGCCGGACCUCCGCCCCCCUGGGGGAGCGUUUGCCCAAUGGCGUGAAAUUCUGGACGGAACCAAAUUCAAGCUUGGUCACGGUUACUAUGUCAUUCAAAACAAUCCCGAUACACUUGUCAAUCAUGUUCAAGCGAGGAAUGAGGAAGAAAUCUUCUUCAGCUCUCCACUGUGGACAAGGGAUCUCGCCUCAUUUAAAGACCGCUUUGGUACCCGCCAACUUCAAACGGCAUUGUCCGACCUGUUGAUGCGUCAGAUCUUAGGAUCCCUGCCAUCAAUCAUUGCUCAGAUUGAUGAAAAGUCAAAGGCCAUUGACGCAGAAUUGCAGACAUUGCCCAAUCCUCCCACUGAGGAUGUGCAGUGGAUCCUUUGGGGCAAAACCUCGGAUCUUGAACGGAAAAUCCAUGAACUGUUUGAUGGGACCCCAAGCAUCGAGCAUAGUUCUUCCCAGCGAAAGCCGCUUCAAGAGCAGUGGAACAAGAUUGUGAUGGAUCUCCAGACUGCACUUGCGAAGACACGCCCUAUCUUGGAUGUGGCUGCGCAGAAAGACAAUGAGGACUUAGCCGAAGUCGUUGACUCAGAUUGUGAAAUGAAGAUCGUGGGCGUGAACAUAUCAACACCCAAGAAGAGAAAGUCGCCUGCGAGCGCUAGUUCUACAUCCGAACCAGCAACUCCUAGAAGGACUGUGUACAGCACCUCCCACUUCGAGGGGUCCACGUCCGCUCGAAUCACACUUCAGCAACUUACGGAACUUAAGAUUCGGUCGAACACAGUCGGUGUACCAAACCAGCUUGAUCCACGGGCGAUUGAAAAUUUGAACAAAAGAAGUGUUGAGCAUUGGGGAAAGCUCAUGGAGAUAUUCCUGAAGGCUACACAUAGCCUUGUCCACAGCAUGCUGGUUGAAGCUCUGGAGGAGGAGUUUGCACAGUACCACCAGACUGGUCUGUAUCAGGAGCUAAGCAGAAUCUUGAAAGAAUUUAUGAGCAAGCUCCGCCGCAUUCAUCUUCAGAUCGCGAAGGACUAUUGCAAGUCGGAACACGAGAUACCAUUCACAAUGGCCCAGGGCCAACACCAGAUCUUGAUGCAACAGGCUUCAAAGUCGUUGAAAGAUCGUCGGCACAAUGCUCGCGCCACAUGUUGGCUCAAAAUCCGUGGCCACGAUAUGAAUGACGAAAGGAUAUCUGACAAGAUCAAGAAGAUCCAGUCAGACCAACUUGGUCCUGAUAGAUAUUCUCAGGAGAUUGAGAUGAUGGCUAGCUCACUGGCCUACUACGAUAUCGCGUCUUCUCGUUUCUUGGACGUCUUGUGCCAAUCGACUCACAUGAAGUUGUUCCGGGCUUGCCGUGCAGGCCUCGUCAAUACUCUUCGUGACGACCUGGAGAUUUUCGGCGAUAACGGUCGUGCGCGCUGUCUCGAUCUCAUGACGGAGGACCCUGAGCGCCAGCAUCGCCGUGCUCAGUUACUGAAAGAGCGAGAGAAGUUUUCCAAGGCCCAAGAAUGGUUGGAUUCUGUCCGAGAUGAGGACAUGGAGAUGGAAGACGUUGAUCAAACUGAUCUUGCAGACAUCAAAGAGGAUUGGUGCUGA